UUCUAGUUUGACAGAGAAAUGAGACUCCAGAAUUACUGGAGAGACGGUAGAGAGACUUAUAUAUUUUAUUUAUUUAUUUAUUUAUAUGAAGAGCUAUAAUUCGUCUUCUGUGAUGUAGUAGCUAGCUGGUGGUGAGUACAAUAAAUAAAUUGGAUAGAGAUGCAGAGAAGUUAUAUUUAAUACACUUACCAGCAGAAAAAGGUAACAAAAAGUUGGGUGGAGAGAAUUUAAAUGAGAGCCUCCUCAGUCAAAAGUAGUUGAAGAAGAAGAAGAAGAUCCAAGCAACUACUUCUGCACUUGAAUUGUAAAGGCUAGUUACUUUCAUCAUCAACAACAAACAGAUCCUCCUCUUGAGUACAAGAAAUGAAGAUCCAUUCUUAUGAGGAUUUGUUGAAGCACAAUCAAAACAAGGAUUGCUGGCUUCUUAUCUCUGGCAAGGUCUAUGAUGUGACAGAAUUCAUGGAAGAUCAUCCUGGAGGUGACCAAGUCUUGCUAACAGCAGCUGGAAAAGAUGCAACUGAAGAUUUUGAAGAUGUGGGUCACAGUGAAUCUGCCAAAGACAUGUUGGUGAAAUACUACAUCGGAGACAUUGACAGUUCAACUAUUCCGGUGAAACGUCAAUACACUCCGGCCGGACAGCAGACUAAAGCGGCAACAGGUACCCUGGACACGACUUCAGGUUUCGGAGUUAAGAUUUUGCAGUUCCUUGUGCCUCUCUUGAUUCUUGGCUUAGCUUUUGGCAUCCGCCAAUAUGCCAAGAAGCUGGACUAGACGGACAAACUGGUUCUAUUUCAGAGCUUAAUGGACAUUAGUAUGUUCUGAUUUCUAAUUAUGUGUUUUCUGCAUUCUGUUUUCUUUUGUUCUGGACGCGAAUGUCUGUUAGUCCUAAUAGCAGCUACAAAUUCAUUUGGUUGGAGUCCUGAAAUUUGAAGUUUCUCAUUCUCUAAAUCAUAUGUUGUUACUCAAGAAGCUUUAAGAAUAGCUAAGAUCUUUUUCAUUGAAUUA